AUGAGAUCUGAAAUUAAAUGUGACGUUGAGAUCAGCAUCAGCGCUGAUGGGGAGGACUUUGAAACAAUCCAGGUCCCACCGUGUCUUCAGGCUGCAACACUGGGUUCCAACGAGACGCCACUCAGGUGUAGCAAAGACGCUGUCCGGCUGCCAAAACGUUAUGUCCAGCGUCUGUACCACGCUAGGACAAAUAAAGAAUACAAACCGUCCCCUACACAGACCAAAGACAGCACGGAAAGCAGAGAGAAAGACCUGGACACAGCACUAAAAUGGAUCAAACAGGAAAUCAUGGAAAUGAAGGAGCAGGACAAAUCGCUGAUGAAGCAGUUUAUAGACCUUCGGUCCACCAUUGUACAGCUGCGGUGUAUGUUUGAGGUGCAUAGCUCGAGUUCGGACAUCAGCAGUAUGAGCGGAAGUAACAUGUCUCUGGAUGAUUUACUGCGCCCUGGUUCCCCAAUGGGUUCCCCCAACCACCUGUCGCCCAUAGCGGACAUAGACGAGUCUACAGAAUUCAGAUCUCGGACAUCUUCCCUCCUCACGCCGUCCAGAAAGUCCCCAAUAACCCGUAUCAAGUGGAAAAGUAACGAGUUCAUAUAG